UCACUGGUAAAAUACCACUCUGUAUAUUAGCCUAUCUCCUAAAAUAGUCAUUAAAAAACCUAACGCAAAUGGUAAUAGUGUUCUAAAAAAAUCUGAUAAGACCAAGUAGCAGGUACAGGGUUUAAUGUAUUUUUUAUAAGUUAUUUAAGUCAACCGGUUUGGUUGAAAAGUCUUGUCUAAUUUUAUUGCAAAAUGUGUAGAGUGUUGUGUGUUUGCGUGUUGUUGUGUUUUUUACGUUUAAACGCUGCUAUUUUUAUUUCAUGGCCGGAAAAUGCGAAAGUUUCAGAUGGAGACCGCUUCGACAUCAUCAUAGUGGGCGCGGGGUCGGCCGGGGCGGUGCUGGCGCACAGGUUGUAGGAGGUCGCUUGCUGGCGCGUGCUGGUCAUUGAGGCUGGCGGCGACCCGUGUAUUAAUGGUGUUGUGCCAGCCCUAUUCCUGCUAACCCCGCACUCAGCUCAAGACUGGGACUACCACUCCGUGGACGAUGGCGUCACGAGCCAGGCUCAGAACGAGGAGCGGUGCAUCCUCACUGCCGGCAAGAUGCUGGGCGGCACCUCCAGUCUGAACCACUUGGUUUGGGCCAGGGGCAAAAGAACAGAUUUUAAUAAUUGGAACGAGCCUCUAUGGUACUGGGAAACCUGUCUACAGUACUUUGAAAAAGCUGAAACUAUGCUAGAUCCUGAAAUCGUAAAUAGCCCUGACAUACGGUACCACGGCCAAGAUGGGCCUAUCACGCUUACUGGCCAUGAUAACAAAACAUACUUUGCAGAAGAAAAAACGCUGUUGGAUUCCUUUGCUGAAUUAGGAUAUGACAUAGUAACUGAUACAAAUGCGCCUGACGCCCUAGGUUUUGGUAAAAUGCAGUACACAGUGUAUGAAAACAAAAGAACAAGCACGGCAUUAACAUACUUGAACCAAGCAAAAGAUAGAGAUAAUUUAUUUGUGCUCAAGAAUACGGUUGUCACAAAAAUAAUAAUAGAUGACAACAAUACAGCUACAGGAGUUGAAGUGGUUACUAGUUCCGGGUCCAAAAUAAGUCUUUAUGCUGAUUUAGAAGUGAUAUCAUCAGCUGGAACAUACAAUUCCCCCAAAUUGCUUAUGUUGUCGGGAAUUGGUCCUAAAGAAGAAUUACGUUUACACAACAUAACAUUAAGGGCAGAUCUUCCAGUAGGGCAGAAUAUGCUCGACCAUGCCUAUGUACCUCUGGUUGUUACAGGGAAAAGAAAUAUAUUUACAGCUGUGCAAACUUUGGCAGCCGUUUUAGAAAUAGGGACAUUUCCCGUACCAGCUGUUCAAGGAUUCUUCAGAGUAACUGAUUCAAGUAGUUUACAACCAGAAAUUCAAAAUUUUGCCAACUAUUUUGGUGCUGCAUCCCCACUUCUGUAUAUUCUUUGUAGAUUAACUUUCAACUUUAAGGUGUCAAUAUGCGGAACUAUAUUGAAAAAGUCUAUAUUCAGCGAAGUCAUAUUUUCUCUUAUAAAUCUUGAACAUCCAAAAUCUCGAGGUGUCGUGAAGUUAAGAAGCUCUGAUCCAAAUGAUGCGCCAUUGAUAUAUACAAGGUUCUUUAGUGAACCCGAGGACCUGGAUGUCCUAGUAGCCGGCGUAAAACAAUCCAUCGCUCUCACUCAAGCAAAAUAUUUUAAAGAUGCUAAAUCGGAAGUAGUGCGAUAUCCUUUACCAGAAUGUGAUGAUUUAGUUUAUGGAACUGAUGCUUAUUGGAGAUGUUUUGUUCUAAUUACGUGUAGCAGUAAUUUCCACACUAUAGGCACUUGCAAGAUGGGUGUUGAUGGUGUUGUUGAUCCCAGACUAAGAGUAUACGGUAUUCGAAACCUGAGAGUUAUAGAUGCUAGUGUGAUGCCGAAGCAAGUCAGUGGUGAGACUAAUGCUGCUACUAUUAUGGUGGCUGAAAGAGCAGCUGACUUAGUAAAAGAAGAUCACGGAUUUUUUGGAUGGGAUUAGACCUAUUUAUUUGUAAAUACUUUUAAAAUACAAAAUAAAGUAAUAAAAUUGA